AUGGAUUCGCUGGAUUGGCAUCGGCGGCGUCGCCUGUGCCUCCUCCUGGACAUAAAAGAUCCGUUUACAGCAGUGCUUUUGAUACGGAAUGCUAAAGAACAAAAAAGUCGGUAUCAGUGCAUGGUUGGCCGAGAAGGCAUUGGAUUGACCGAUCUUUAUGUUGGAAAAUUGCCACAAAAUGUAACAGAUUUUUCGUGCAUUGUCUAUGAUUACGAAUAUAUGCAAUGCAGUUUUACGAAGCCAAAGAACAUGCUCAUGACCGAAUAUGAUCUGGAAUACAAAUUCGCCAACUAUGUAAUAUGUCGAAUAAAAAUACAAGAAUUCUUAACAGAUGUCCCGGGACAUCGUAACAAAAUACAUUACAAUGUUACAGGAUACGCGCCAAUGCAAGUAGAGUAUCAUUUCACUUUAACUGGCAGUAACGCUGGGGGUAAAAAUAUCCAGAGAUUUGUUAUCAAUAGCCACAAAAUCGUUGUACCAGUCCCUGUAGAAAUUAGUGUUCAAAACAUCACAACUAACAGUGCUACAGUUAUUUGGGAAAAAAUUAAAUUCGGCUAUUAUGGCAAAGGCCUACUAUAUGAAAUUAAAAUUCCUGAAGCUGGUUGGAUACGAACUGGAACAAUGAGACAUCAAGUGGACUCAGUGGUUGUUAAUAAUUUGUACUCGUAUUGGCGAUAUAAUGUAGAGAUUCGUGUAAAAUCGAUGCUUGUUGACACACAGGAUGAUCGAUUUUGGAGUGAAACGUCCACCGAACAUUUUAACACGAAACAAAAACGGCCCGUCAAAGCACCCGAUACACCAUGCGGUAGCUUUUACAUAGACAGUACCGAGACACAGUUACGCCUCUAUUGGGGUAACCUACCCGAGCAUGACCAUUGUGGUCCUGGCUUUCAUUACGUUGUCGAUGAAAUUGAUGCUAAUGGUGUUGUAAUACAAAGUACAGCUGUUAAUGACACGACUUUGUCCUUGCCAUGGAAGAAUGUGGACAUACAACGUUUCAGCAUUAAAUCAGCCAAUAAUAUUGGACCGUCUAAUGAGGGCAACAUCAUCAAUGUCUAUCGCAGCGGCAGUUCUCAGUAUGAGCUGAACGAAAAUAAUAUUGCCAAAGUUUAUCACAACAGCAGCUACACAUUAUCCUGGACUCCGCCGGUAAAUAUCGAUGAAUUGGUAAACUAUACGGUAUUUUGGUGUUUGCCAAAAAUAGAAUUACCAAAUCAAUGCAAGGGCCCAAUUUCGUACAAAUACUUGGACAAGUAUGCAACGAACUUCACUACGGAACCCAAAGAUCGUAGUUUAAAUUUGGCAAUAUCUGCUAAUUAUCCGCACUAUAAUAAGGGCAUGCAAUGGGCUCGCUGUUCAGCCGAAGUAUCCAGUGAACUGAUGAAAGUCGAACUAGAAGUUACAGCAAUCAAUGAUAGCUCCGUCCUAGUAAAAUGGAAUUCCGGCAGUGUGUGUUCUUCUAUUCUAAAAGGUUACAAUUUGACUUACUGCCAAGCAUCGGACGAUAAGAAGUGCACUAGUCCACAACACACUAUUCAAUUGUUCCGUGAAUACCGAAACUAUACAAUACAAAAUCUGCGACCUUAUACCACAGUCUGUUUAACAAUGUUCAUGUUUUCAACGGGCAAUCAAGGUCCUGACAGUGAGUACACAUGUGUACGCACCCGAGCAAGUGCACCAUCACCGCCAAAGAAGGUUUUUGUUAAUUCGGCAACAAGUAAAUCGGCCAAAGUUCAUUGGAGUCCACCAGAUGUUCUCAAUGGGAUAUUGAGUGGUUACACAGUAUAUUGGCGAAAAAAAUCGUACAAAACCUAUGAAACAGCUACAACUGACAUCAACCAAACGUCAUACGAGCUAACAGGUCUUAGCAGCUUCUCUGACUACGAAGUUUAUGUUACAGCACACACCGUUGAGGAGUCGCAACCUAGCAAAUCUGUUUAUAUACGAACGCUAAUCGGAAUACCUUCUAGUCCUCGAAACAUAAAUAUUUCCGAAGAUGAGCAAGUAAUUCACUGGGAACAGCCAGAUCUUCCAUCCGGUCAACAUUUAUUUUAUGUCGUCGCAUUGUUACAUAGAUACAACGGAAGUGAAUCGGUUUACGAACGUGUAUCGAUAGUUAGGGGGCGCAGUUGCAGGUUUCAAAAACCAGAGUGUCCAUCGUCAAAGAUGUCGUACGCCCUAGAAGUGCGUGCCGUCAAUGUCGGGCAACCAAACGAGACAGACAAAGAUAUCAAAUCGAUGAGCAGAGACGUAAUACUAGCUGGUGCUAAACUUGAUAAUAGCUUUUGUACGUCAGACAGUGAAAAUGAGAAUUAUAAUUAUGCACUGCUUUUGGAAGGAGAUACAAAGUCAUAUUUUGCCUCUCCCUGGAUAGAUGCACGUCGAACAUAUUACUGCACCGACACGAAGGCCGCGUUAUAUGCUCUAGCCUUUGUAAUUUUAAUCAUAUUUGCUGCUUACCUAUGUUACUGGGUACGCAACAAAUACUACACAAUGAAAAACAUAAAAGUCAUAUUACCAGAGGGUCUCGUUGACCAGAACUCCGACUAUAAGUUGGCAGGCGGUGCUCUCGCCAAUAAUUGCGGCUUGGACCCAGGCGCAAAGAAAGAAUUCCACACAGAUAUUUCGCGAAGCAAUGAUUGCCUUGUUGCAUUUGAUCACAAAGAUAAUCUCAAUUUAAUAUCGAAUUUCCAUAAUCGGUCGCCCAAUCCACUCUCAUCGCUCUCAUCGACGAGCAGUUCCAAGGACCAUCACAAUGAUGAGCAUAUGGGCGAGCAUCCAUCUCUGGAAACUACAAACGAAGAGCUAAGCUCUAAUUCGAGUGCCAGCUCGCAUUCCAAUUUGAAUUAUCAUGGUCACCAUCAAAUUCCUAAACUUUGUGAAAUCGAUAGUAAAAAUACAACAUUGGACAUUGCCGCUGCAGAACAACUAGAAAAUGAAAUGAAUCAGGACGACAUGGAGUACACUGAUCAUGGCGAUGAUGAUGUUGUUGGCUUCUAUUCUUAA